AGCAGAGGCGGGCCUGUGCGCUGGUUGUCUUCAGGCUCUUUAAUGCUGUGCAGGGUCUGGUUACAAAAUGUAACAAGAAUGUUUUUGCGCGAUGUUUUUUAAAGGAUUGGUAUGUUUUUUUGGUUCCGCGAAGGUUACCUAAAAGCCUGCUUUUAUUUUUUUUCCGUUUUGGAAGAUAUGCACGUUGGGUUUACCACUCCGAGACGAUUGGCAUUGAUUAUGCAAAAGGAGCUGGAGAAGUUUUGGAUAAGCCAAACGAGAAACCCACUUGGUAGGGUGGCUUGAUUGUGGGACAGACAGCGAGCGAGGGUCGCCCUGCCCCGGACAGGCCUUUUCGGAGGAUGGCCAGCAACGCAGAUGACGACGUACCGCUCAUCCUGACCUGGGACGAAGCCAACUGCGGACUGCUGGGCGGCGAGGAGCCAGACAACGCGGAGGUGACGAGCGAAAAUGGAGGUGGCUAUGACAUUGUUAACAGCACAGCAGUCUCCACCCCGGGGAUGCAGGACUACAGAGCUCAGUGUGGCUCCCUGCGCCAGAGCUGGGAGAUGAACUACCAGGAGGCGGCGAUAUACCUGCAGGAAGGGGAGAACAAUGACAAAUUCUUCACUCACCCCCGCAACACCAGGGCGCUGGCCGCCUAUCUCUUUGCUCACAACCACCUGUUCUACAUGAUGGAGCUGGUGACUGGGCUCCUGCUCAUGGUGCUGUCGCUGUGCGAGGCUCCAGCUGUGCCCAGCCUGCGCCUGGACGUCUACGUUCACGCUACCCUGGAGCUGCUGGCUUUGCUGAUGGUGGCCUUUGAGCUGUGCAUGAAGCUCAGGUGGCUGGGCUUCCAGACCUUCAUCCGCCACAAGAGGACCAUGGUCAAGACCACCGUACUGCUGCUGCAGUUUGUGGAGGCGAUAGUGGUCCUGGUCCGACAGACCUCCCACAUGCGGGUGACGCGCGCACUCCGACCCAUCUUCCUGGUGGACUGCCGGUACUGCGGCGCUGUCCGGAGGAAUCUGAGGCAGAUCUUCCAGUCUUUGCCUCCUUUCAUUGAUAUUCUGCUUCUGCUUCUCUUUUUCAUGGUUAUUUUCUCUAUUUUAGGAUUUUAUUUGUUUUCCCAGAAUACGUCAGACCCAUAUUUUAACACUUUGGAAAACAGCAUCGUCAGCUUGUUUGUGCUUUUAACAACAGCCAACUUUCCAGAUGUGAUGAUGCCGGCGUAUUCCAGGAACCGCUGGUCCUGCAUCUUCUUUAUCGUCUAUCUCUCCAUCGAGCUCUACUUCAUCAUGAACCUGCUCCUGGCAGUGGUGUUUGACACUUUUAAUGGUGUGGAAAAGAUGAAGUUCAAAUCCCUGCUUCUGCACAAGAGGUCAGCCAUUGACCAUGCCUUCCAGCUCCUGGUCAGCAGACAGCGACCCAACGGCGUUUCCUUCAAGCAGUUCGACGGGCUGAUGCGGUUUUACCGCCCGCGGAUGAAUGCCAGAGACCGCUUCCUCACCUUCAAGGCCCUCAACCGGUGCGGCAGCCCCCUGCUGAGCUUGAAGGAUUUUUAUAACUUCUAUGAAGUAAUUGGCUUGAAAUGGAAGGCGCGGAGGAGUGGGGAACACUGGUUUGAUGAUCUCCCUCACACUCCCUUCCUCAUUUUCAAAGGCAUUAAUAUUCUUGUAAAAUCCAAAGCUUUCCAGUAUGCAAUGUAUGCUGUUGUUGCAGUAAAUGGUAUUUGGAUCCUUGUAGACACCUUCAUGUUAAACAGUGGAUUCUCCUUGUCCAAAUUAGUGCCCUGGAGCUACAUUUUUUUCCUCACAAUUUAUGGUGUGGAGAUGCUGUUAAAAAUCUCAGGACUGGGACCCCUAGAAUACUUCAGCUCUGGAUGGAACCUGUUUGACUUCUCAGUCACAGUCUUUGCCUUUCUGGGCCUCCUCGUCCUGGCGUUUGAUAUGGAGCCCUUCUACUUCAUUGUGGUGCUCAGGCCACUGCAGCUGCUCAGGCUGUUUAAGAUCAAGCAGAGGUACCGUAACGUCCUGGAUACCAUGUUUGAGCUGUUUCCCAGAAUGGCCAGUCUGGGACUGACCCUCAUCAUUUUCUACUACUCCUUUGCCAUUGUGGGGAUGGAGUUCUUCGCUGGUGUUGUCUACCCAAACUGCUGCGUCAACAGCACUGUGGCCGACUCCUAUCGGCAGGUCAGCAUCACUGUGGGCAACCGGACUGUGCUGGAUGAAGGCUACUACUAUCUCAACAACUUCAACAACAUUCUCAGCAGCUUUGUGACACUGUUUGAGCUGACUGUUGUCAACAACUGGUACAUAACUAUGGAAGGGGUAACGUCUCAAACAACACACUGGAGUCGUCUGUACUUCAUGACCUUCUACAUUGUGACCAUGGUAGUGAUGACCAUCAUCGUGGCCUUCAUUCUGGACGCCUUUGUCUUCAGAAUGAACUACAGCCGCAAGAACCGUGCGCCUGUGGACGACCCAGAAGGUGAGAACGGCAUCGUGUUCGAGGCAGAGGUGACGAGAGUGGAGGUGUUGGCUACUGUGGAGCUGUACAAGAAGACCUGCCCUGGGGCAUCUGUCCAGUCUUCCCUGCAGGGGGUGCUGUUGAAUAUGGAGCGCAGUGGGCACGAGCCUCUGGUGUUCCUGGGCAGGCGCUCCCGCACGAAGAGCGAUCUGAGCAUGACCAUGUACGAGGAGGAGAUCCAGGAGUGGUAUGAGGAGUAUUCCCAGCAGAGCCAGCUCCAGCAGGAAAGAGAGCCGGCAGUGAGGACCAGUGGUUCCAUCAACCAGGCUGAAGCUGUGGAUGGCCGCCAGCGCUCCCGGACCGUUAACUAGGACCUCCCGGGUCAAGAACGUGCAGACCGGACUCCUGGCAGCAGGCCCGCGGGCUUCGUGUGCUGAGCUGCUCAUCUGCGCUUUCCUGAGAGUGAAAAAACCUCUACCUGCCCGGAUGAAUACACCUGGGAUCUUUCAUUCCGGGAAAACAUAUU